AGACUGGUAAGAACUUUGUUCAGGAUCUACCAAGUUCAUUCAUCAAAACUGUUAAGAACUUUGUUCAAGCUGUAUCAAGUUCAUUCAUCAAGACUGUUUGGUACAGUGGUUGAAGUACAGCCACAAAGAAUAUUGUGAAUUAUGCAAGCACAGAUUUGCUUUUACUCCAAUCUAUUCACCGGACAUGCCGAAGCGUCUGCCGAUCAAGGACAUCGUGAGCGGUCUGGUGACGAGCAUCGCGCGAGCGGUGCGCUACUGGUUCCACUACACACUCGUGGCCUUCGCCUGGCUUGGGGUCGUGCCGCUUACAGCAUGUCGAAUAUAUCGAUGUUUAUUUACGGGCUCUGUGAGUUCUCUUCUGACUCUGCCACUUGAUAUGCUGUCCACAGAGAAUUUAGCGGCCGACUGUUUCCAGGGAUGUUUUGUGGUCACUUGCACACUCUGCGCGUUUAUCAGUCUCGUGUGGCUUCGGGAGCAGAUCCUUCAUGGUGGAGGUCCUGAUUGGCUAGAACAAGAAGACCAGGGAGCCAAUCAAGCAAGGAAUAUAUUUGAUGGUGGAGCCAUGAAUAAUUUGAUUGGUGGAUUUGCUGGCGGGAAUCGAGGCCCAGCCAAUGCGAAUGAAGGAAACAACCAGCCAAAUGGAGGGGAGGAGGAGCGUGAGGAGGGUGAUAACGAGGGGGGCGAUGCGGCCAACAAUGAAAACAAUGCAGCACAAGAUGACAACAACUGGAAUCAUAUAGAGUGGGACCGAGCGGCUGAAGAACUGACCUGGGAGAGGCUUCUGGGCCUUGAUGGAUCUCUCGUCUUCUUGGAACAUGUUUUCUGGGUUGUGUCAUUGAAUACUCUAUUUAUUCUCGUCUUUGCGUUUUGUCCUUAUCAUAUCGGACACUUUACUCUUAUUGGUUUCAAGAUGGACGACUUUGCUGUCGCAUCCCACUUUGAAGGUCUGCUAACGACACUGACCGGAUAUAUCGUGAUCGCUGUGUCAUUGAUUGUUCUCUACGUACUCUGUUCAAUGACACGACUCAAAAAAUUUCAUCGAGUGUUGGGUCUGUGUUACGUUGUGGUUAAGGUGAAGUUACUGGUUGUUGUGGAGAUUGGAUUAUUUCCUUUAAUAUGUGGAUGGUGGCUUGAUAUAUGUUCUCUGGCGAUGUUUGACGCGAGCCUCAAGGACCGGAAGAGCAGUUUCCACCAGGCGCCGGGCACGUCAAUGUUCAUCCACUGGCUCGUUGGCAUGGUGUACGUCUUCUACUUCGCCUCCUUCAUCUUGCUGCUCCGCGAGGUGCUGCGACCCGGCGUGCUCUGGUUCCUCCGCAACCUCAACGACCCGGAGUUCAACCCCAUUCAAGAGAUGAUACAUCUCCCAGUUUACAGACAUAUUCGCCGGUUUGUCGCAUCAGUGAUUAUAUUUGGCAGUACUGUUCUCCUUAUGCUGUGGCUCCCAGUUCGAGUAAUCAGGAAAAUAUUCCAGGGAUUCUUACCAUACCACGUGAUGUUAUCAAGCGACGCGCCGGUGAGUGAGCUGUCGCUGGAACUGCUACUGCUGCAGGUCGUGUUGCCCGCGCUGUUGGAACAAGGUCACACGCGCGUCUGGCUCAAGGGUUUGGUGCGGGGCUGGACGAUCGGCGUCGCGUACGUCCUCAACCUCAGGUCCUACCUACUCGGAGACGUUCCCCUCACUGACCAGGACGACAUUGUACAAGGAGACCAAGUGGCACCCCUUCCGGUUCCGCCCCAGGCAAACAACCCCGGUGUUCCCCUCCCCAUUCAGCAAGGGCCAGCAGAGGGGCUGGGAGCCGCCCACCAGGCCAUGCUUCAGGGUGGUGGCCCCACUGGAUUCCAGCCCUAUAAGAAGCCAUCUUUCUUUGCAGUCAGGGUGCUGCUCCUGGUGGUGUUGAUGUGCGUCACUCUAUUUGCAGCCAGUCUGAUGUCUCUUGUCGCUCCAGUGUUUAUCGGUCGGCGCCUGAUGUCGGUGUGGAUGGGUGACUCGAAAAUCCACGAGCUGUACACGGCGGCAUGCGGACUCUACAUCUGCUGGCUGACACUACGCAUUGGCACCGUCCUCUACAACUGGAUUCCCAAGGGCUCGUCCGUCAUCCUCAAGAAACUCAAAGAGUGGGGGCUGCUGGCGGUGAAGUCUCUGCUGAUAGCUGGUGUUUUGAUUGGACUCGUACCACUCCUCCUCGGCCUGCUGUUCGAGCUGGUUGUUGUGGCGCCGCUCCGUGUCCCACUCAACCAGUCACCCGUGUUCUUCCCCUGGCAGGACUGGGCACUGGGUGUUCUUCACGCCAAGAUCAUCUGUGCUGUGACGAUGAUGGGCCCUCAGUGGUGGCUAAAGAGGGUCAUGGAACAGGUGUACAAUGAUGGCCUCCGCAACAUGAACCUCAAGUUCAUUCUCAACGGUCUGUGUUUCCCCGUCUGUGCCGUGCUUGGAAUGUCUCUCGCCGUUCCGUACGUCAUUGCGAAGAGCGUUGUACCAGCAUUUGGUGUUGACUUUGAAACGGAAAACCAGGUGGCCCGACACAUCUAUCCAUUCCUCCUGGCUGUCAUUGGGUUUGUGUCUAUGUUCGUUUUCCAACUACGGCAGUUUAAAAGACUUUACAACCAUAUCAAAGACGACAAAUAUCUUGUUGGGCAGAGACUUGUUAAUUAUGUAUCUAAUCCAAAACGCAGUAGACCGCUAACCAUGAGCGAUUCGACAACAACGUGAUGAGACACAGUCGUUUAAUUGGUUAACAAGACAAGUUUGAAAACAGGACGACAACCAAUGCCUGUUGAUGUUGUUUUUAAAUUCACUGAGAGCAGAAAAUCAAUCAUGUACUGGGAUUCUUUUGUCGUCAAGGAAACAGGUUUUGCUUUCUUCAUGUGCACAGUGUCAUUUAUGUUUUUUUCAUGGUGAUUGCAUUGGUGAUGGAGAAUUUUCAAUCAAGAUUUUAAAAAAUUAAAAAAUUAAAAAACAAAUGUCCAAAAAAACUAAUCUAUUUUGUGCUUUGAAAGAGAGAGAGAGAAAUGCUUCAUUGUGACUUGUAUAAAAUAACACAGAAUGUAUCUAAAUACAUUCACAAAGGUUAUCAUUGUUGUGGGACUUGACAUAUCAUCAGACAUGUUCACUUGUAUUGUCCACAAACUAAAAAAAACCCAACGUCUUCAUGGUUACAUCUGGACUAUUAAUUUGAAGGCCAGUGUCUCCUGCUGUAUUCCGUUCGACAUGGGAAAUGUUUACUGGACUCAACACUUGAAGGUGGACUAACUUGAUGGUCUUUAAGGUCUGGUGCCUUACGGGUCUGGUGCCUUGAGGUCUAAUGACUGUUGAAAUACACCCUUAAGGUCAGUUGGCUGCUGAACUAAAUUACAAAAAGGUUUCAAGUCUUCUGGAAUAAUUAGUGCAGUAAAACAUCCCAUUGGCCCAAAUCCAGCAGGCCACAAUGAUGAUGAACAAAAUCCUUCUAGUCUAGUGAUAAAAAUAAUGGCUGACAGACAGCAAAAAUGGCUUGGGUUCUGGGUUUUUUGGGAGCGGGUAGGGGGGGGAGGUUGUUCCCCAAACAGGUUAAAAUAAAAUAUGUAUACUUUUGUCUGAAGGUCAGGCCUGGCCUCAUGCUUAUUUAUAAAAUGUUUAAAGUUUAGACUCGAAACGUUACAAACAUUUUGAGACUUUCAAGGCUUUUGAUUGCACCAACGUUGAGGCGAUAGACUCGAAACGUUACAAACAUUUUGAGACUUUCAAGGCUUUUGGUUGCACCAAUGUUCAGGUGAUAAACGUGCCCAAAUAUAAAGUACAAACAAGGUGACCUUGAAACAUUUUACCACAAAACCACUGAGAGGUUCAGCUGUAAUUUGAUUAAAAUAACUUGAUAUGCAUUUCUGAAUAUCUACAACUGUUUACCAGCGGUUAAUAACAUUACUAUACUGACACAAGCUGAGAGUGCUCAGAAUAGACUCCAAAAAAUGUCCUUCACUUUUAUGUCAUGGCAAAGUCUAGACUCUCAGUUGUUAAGCGCAGGCCCAGAUAUUUAAUUUUAUUAUAAAAUACCAAAUGUUGUACUUGCAUUAACAUUACUACCUGGUUACUAUGUUCCUUGUUUACCUGGUUACUACUGCUUGAUUUGUUUUUAUCAUCAUUAUAUAACUAUGUGACAUUUUUAAUGCUGAUAUCCAUCUCCUACUUAGUACUUAUGAACCAUUGCAAAAUAUACACAAUUAAUUUCUUUUCUUAUAUAUGUCAGAUAUAUUCAAAUUUAAUAUCUAGGCUUAAGCUGAAUGUGAAAUUGAUUUGACAGUAAAAAGGCUGAAUCCUUUCAAAAGUUUUCAAAAAAGAUUGGUGGUAUUUUUAUUUUAGUUUUUGUGGUUACCAUAGUAGCUAGUAAGUAGAUAAAUUGUCUUGGUAUUUAAUGGGCUUUCACCGCAUGUUCGACUAUGCUCAUUAUUUAGUGAUUAGAUUUUUAGUUGUCAUAUAUGAGAAAGAAAGUAGACAUUUAAGAAAAAAGAAAAAAACCUGUUGUUUUUUUAUCAUGUAAAAAUUAAUUUGGCACAUUGCCAUGGAAGUUGGUGGCUGUACCAUGAAUGUUUGUUGAGGGAGGGGUGGGGGUUGUAUGAGUUCCAACACCCCUGUCUAUAAAAAAUAAUGGCAGAUUCAGGAGUAGAACGGUGUUCAUUUAAGAUGCAUAUUCUCCUACCAGUUCUUCUUAAAUGGUGUAUCAUGGUGUAUGUGGUGUCUUGUCGUGAUUACUAUGUGUUAAAACACCCAAUAGUUACUUAUUACUAGUUAGGGCAUCAUCCUGUUCAUUAUGUUUCAAGGUGUCGGAUACAACUCAGUCUGUAAAGUGCUUACCUGAGGUGCUUGAGUCAAAGGAUCGAACCUCCUUGGGGACCCGUUUUCCUAUUGCAUUGUUCCCCCAUCUGCCAUCUCUGCCAUGUCCCGGACCCAGUCACUGUCUAAAUGAGAGAUUGUGCCCGGGAGAGACGUGAUUGAACCUUACUUGAGGUGCUUGAGUCAAAGGAUCGAACCUCCUUGGGGACCCGUUUUCCUAUUGCAUUGUUCCCCCAUCUGCCAUCUCUGCCAUGUCCCAGACCCAGUCACUGUCUAAAUGAGAGAUUGUGCCCGGGAGAGACGUGAUUGAACCUUACCUGAGGUGCUUGAGUCAAAGGAUCGAACCUCCUUGGGGACCCGUUUUCCUAUUGCAUUGUUCCCCCAUCUGCCAUCUCUGCCAUGUCCCGGACCCAGUCACUGUCUAAAUGAGAGAUUGUGCCCGGGAGAGACGUGAUUGAACCUUACCUGAGGUGCUUGAGUCAAAGGAUCGAACCUCCUUGGGGACCCAUUUUCCUAUUGCAUUGUUCCCCCAUCUGCCAUCUCCCGGACCCAGUCACUGUCUAAAUGAGAGAUUGUGCCCGGGAGAGACGUGAUUGAACCUUACCUGAGGUGCUCGAGUCAAAGGAUCAAACCUCCUUGGGGACCCGUUUUCCUAUUGCAUUGUUCCCCCAUUUGCCAUCUCUGCCAUGUCCCAGUCACUGUCUAAAUGAGAGAUUGUGCCCGGGAGAGACGUGAUUGAACCUUAAUUGGAUAUAGGCACAAUGAUGUUAUCCAAUCCAAUUCUGUCAGUGCCCUACAACUUGUAUAUCAAAGGCCAUGGUAUGUACUAUCCUGUAUGU